AUGUCGUCCAUUAACGCCACCCUGAGCCGCGAGCUGCGGGCGCUCGCCACAGAGCUGAAACAAGGCGGCGCGGCCGCGUCGCGCGCGCCGCGGAUCGAGCGGCUGUGCUCGGAGGCGCCGCAAGGCGCCGCCGCGCGGGCCGCCACGCCACUGGUGUUCCCUGAUGGCGUCCUGGAUGAUUUGGCGGCCGUGGUGGGCUCGCGCGUGCUGGCGCCUCACGGCAGCGCCAAAGCUGCCGCCGUCCAGGCGCUGGGCGCCGUCGUGCCUGUCAGCCAUGAGGCAGGGCAGCAGGUGCUGCGCCACGGCAGCCUCCUCAGGGCCCUCACGGACGAUGUCUUUGUUGCAAGUGCAUUGCAUGAGACCCCGGAUGCAGGCGGAGAGGUCGCGUACAUUCAAGCCUUCAUGGGGGCGACGGUACUGGUGAAGUCCCUGGUGGUCGGCUGGCCCAGCGGGGCGCGCGCCGUGCUCGCGGCUUCGAGCAGCCCCGGCGGCGUGGUAGACGCGUUCGUGCACGCGGUCAAGCUGUUCAUGCUCGCCUCCAGGGUCGGCCCCGACACCCUGCGCGAGCAGGGCAUGAGCGCGGCGGCGACGAAGAAGUACGCGGCGGCUGCGCGCCAAGGGGCCGCGGCGGCGGCGUGCGCGCUGGAGGUGAUCUCCAAGUCCGACCCGGCUGCUGCGCAGCGGCUCGCCGGCAACGAGGAGUCGCUGGGGGUCCUCCUGAUCGCCCUUGAUGUGCACGCAUGGGCGCCCGACGCGCCGCCGACGGGGCCGGCCGGCGAGCUCUGCUCGCACGUCGUCAGCAUCUUAUCCAGCUUCUUCUGCGAUACGAGCCUGCUGCAGUCGCUCGAGGCGAUGGCGUCGAGGGGUACGACGCUGCGGCGGCCCGCGCGGGACAGCACGCGCGUGUUCCGCGCGCUGAUGGCGGCGCGGCCCGACUUUCCCGAGCUUAUGGCCGGGGCCAUCGACCGCUAUGCGCCAUUCGCCGCACCCCUGGGACGGCCGCAGCCGGGGCACGGGCUGCAUGCCGUCGUGGCCAUUGAGACGUGCAUGGCGCUGCAGACCAUAUGUAUGUUCAGCGGCGAGGCGUGCGACCGGCUGCUGCAGUCGCAGGAGCUUGUCGGCUGCCUGCUGAGGCACUGCGCCGCGACCUGCGGCCGCGGCGACCCGGCAAAGCACGCGCUGCCGGAGCAGGCGGCCGGCGCCCUCUGGCAGCUGAUUGUGAACCUCAGCGGCGACGGCGACAGCGAAGGCAUAACCGACGACCCAGGCCUGCGGCGCGCCGAGCGGGUUGCCGCAGUUUACUCGCAGUUCCCUGACCAGGCCGUGGCCUCGCUCGCGGCCGGGGCGUCGCGCCGCGGCACAGGCGGCGGGUACUACGAAGGCCCGGCCGGCGACAUCGCGGCGGCCCAGCUCUGCUGCAUGGCCGUCGGCUCGGCGGCCGCCGCCGCCGAUAUUGCCAAGGAGGCUGCCGCGCGGCCGACGCUGCCCGCCGCGCUCGCGCGGCCGCUGGUGGGCGCGACUGCCAGGGCGUACGCUCACCCCAGCAGCCAGGGCACGAUGGCGCUGCGCGGCCUUGCGGCGGUCUGCAGCGCGGCGGCGGCGGCGGGCGACGCGGCGGGGGUGCGGCGGCUGGUGGGAGCCGAGGGCGUCCCAGGGGCUUUGGAGGGCGGCCUAUUGGGUCUCACGGGUGUUGCCCCCAUGGCGGGCUACCUGGCCGCGUCAUCUGCGGUGUCGAUUACGCACGAUGCCGCGUUCCAUGCUGGGGACGCCUGCCUGCGGGUGCUGCUGCGCCGUGCGCCCGGGUUGCUGCGCAAGCACUGGAAGGAGGGCGGCCACCGCGAGGAGUGCAGGAGACUGCAGGAUCAGGCGGCGGCGGCAAGGGCGGGGACUGUCUGA